AUGGAGAAACCGUUCACGCUGGAAAGCAUGCGCGAGAUGGAGAAUGCCACUUCAGCGCAGUCUUUUGAGACUCGGGACUUCAAGGAUGAUUCUGAGUCCAAGGAUCCCCUGAAUCCCAGAAAUUGGAGUUCAACAAGAAAAACUUUGCUCUUCAUAUCGCUAAUGACCAGUUCGUUGCUGGCAGAUGGGGCAAUGGUCUGGGGCUCGACUCUAAUCACGGAGCAAGCGAUGGAUUGGAACGUUUCUAUUACUCACUCGGCGACGAGUAUGAACUACGGCAUCUUGCUCCAGGGCUUUGGGGGUAUCUUUGCAGUACCCCUCAUCGAAGCCUACGGCCGUCUGCCGAUCUGGUUAUGGCCUCAGGUGAUCACAAUGUUCAUGGUUUUGGGUGCUACUCUUUCCAAUGAUUGGUCUACCUUUACAACUUUUCGAUCCUUGCAAGGUCUGUUUGGAACUGUGCCUCAGGUUAUUGGCCUACCUAUCAUUCAUGAUAUGUAUACCUCGGCCGAAUGGCCACGCAUGAUCAACAUUUGGGGAACUACCUUUUUAGUCGGUCCUUUCCUCGGCCCGGCGAUUGCAGGAUACAUUGGUGCUGGAACGGACUGGCGCACUUCCUUCGGAGUACUCACAGCCAUCUAUGGCUUGUCCACGGCCAUGAUCAUCUUGUUUGGCUAUGAGACCUAUUAUGUGCAAGGUCAACGAGGCAGUCCCUCGCGUCUUGCCUCUUACUUUGGCUUUGGAAACACCCUACUUCCAAAGGCGUCGACCUUGACAUAUUGGUGUCGAAUGGUUGUGGUCUACAUCUUCAAAUUCCCGUUGUUGAUGACUGGCAUUGCUAUUCUAGUGACAUUUACAUGGCCCAUUGGAAUCACAACCACUAUCGAUACCUUCUUGCACAGCCCGCCCUAUCUCUUUGACACAAUUGAAGCAUCAUCUAUGCGAUUUGCUGGUGUCAUUGGGGCUCUUUGUGGCUGGGCCUUUGGUCACUUCUUCAAUGGCUGGAUCUUCAACCGGCACAACAAUACCUGGAGAACCGAGCUCCGACUCCAUGGUGUCUGGUUCCCAAUUGCUAGCAUGGCCUGUGGUCUCUUGACAUACGGACUCACCAUGAAUUUUGGCAAGCACUGGAUAGGCUUGGCGCUUGGCUGGAUUAUGGUAAACAUCGGCAUGGUAGCGACUAUUGUCGCCAUAUCUGCCUAUGCAUUAGAAAAAUAUCCCGGACAAGCCACCUGUGUCUCAGCAAUCCUGAACAUGUGGCGUACCUGCGGUGGAUUUGCGGUGGGAUAUUUCCAGCCAGCUUGGAUUGUGCGCAAUGGACUCGGCUUGGUCUUUGGGAUCCAGGCUGCAAUUGUUUGUGUGGCUGUUAUUUUGACAAUUACUCCUGUUUUCUUGUGGGAACGCAAGAGACGCAGCCAAGCUCAAGAGGCAUAG